GGUGAACUUUAGGCGAUAUCAUAGUCCUGGUGAUGCAGGGGAGAAGAAAAACGCGCUGACUGAAUGGAACAACAAAUGCCCUUCUCGGCUUUUGUCACUCAUUCUUGAACUAGGUUAUGGUCUAUCAUUACUUCGGGGUUGUCUUCAGUCUAUUUUGGGGGUGGCAUCAUUAAGUUUAGCGUUUUUUGUUUCCAGGGAGUUGUAUAUAGAUUAUCACAGGAAACGAGUUGCAGAAGUUGAUGAUGAAAGGUUAAAGUUUGAAUUCAGCACCAUGCUUCCAAGGGAGGAUGAUUUAGCUAAAGUUUGAAUUCAGCACCAUGCUUGUACUCUAAGAAGGUUAGUUGGCCUAUUUCCGUGUAAGAAUGAAGAGGAAUCAGCU